AUUUUUUUCUAUAUUGUACUAUAUUUCUUCUUCUUUUAAUAAAUAUGCCUUUUGAUACAGUAGAACAUUCACAUAAACGUUUACGUUUCGAUGGAUCUUGGAUAGAUGCUCAAGAUGCAGCUUUUCAAUAUGUACCUUCUCAAUUACCUUCAACUCAUUCAUGGAAUAAUGAAAGACUCGAUAUUCAUUCAAAUACAAUGAGCUCUUCUUCAUUUCUUGAUAUGACUUAUUGGAAAGCUGGCUCUCCAAUGGAAUAUCAAAAUAAUUUUUGGAAAGAUUCAAAUAACAAUGGUUUUCCUCUUUUUUCUCGACAACGAAAAAUAUCAACACCUUCUUACUUUUCUUCACCAAUCUCAGAUCACGAUGAUAAUAUGACCUCACCUACUUUUUAUACAACACCUACACCUAUUUCAAUACAAGAUAACAACAAUAAUGACUUUGCCUCAACUACUUCUUCAGAUAAAUCACCAUCUCCUACUAUGACUUCAGUAUCUCUUGCUAAUACUGAACUUUUCCAUGUCAAUGAUAUUCUCAACAAAUGCAAUGUAUCAUAUACCUCUACUGGUCUUAAUGUGGAAGCCAAAAUUACAAAUGCCACAGAACUUCGAUCACUUAUUGAUGCUUUCAGUAAAUUAUGUCCAUCUAUAUCUAAUUCCUUAACUCAUCAUCAUCAACAACAACAGCAACAACAACAACAACAACAACAGAAAGAAAAACAAGAUACAUCAAACAGCAUUACUCUCUAUCGAAACAAACAUUAUAAAUCAAAACCAGUCAACUUUUUCGACAGUGUAUGUAAUCUUAGUCAUAUGAUUCUACCAGCCUCCUUCUCAAAAUCAAAUUCAUUAUCUUUACGACAAAUUGGUGAUGCUUGUAUUGAAACCUAUUUCUCUUGUUGGGUUCGUUAUUCACCUAUUAUUGACAAAACCGAAUUUAUGACAUGGUAUCUUGUUGAACCGGAUCCUAUGGAUACUUUGAUUGUCAAUUCUAUAUGCUCAUUGGUCUUUAGUCAUACUGUCAAUCAUCACACAAAACCUGGAUUGGAAAUGUUUUUACAUGAUCAAGAUUUGGUACUUCAACAACAAGAUUUCUUUUUUGAUCGUGCACGCGAACACUUGGAAUCUUCCUUUGAUUCUCCUGACCGAUGGACUGUGGUAUCUUUAUUGUUGAUGAGUUGUACUGCUGAACCUGAACGACGACAUCAUUAUUCUGGUAUGGCUGCAUCUGCUCUUUUGGAACUUGAAAUCUAUCCUCGUAUGGUGGGUGAUGAAGAUGAUUCUUUUGAAAAAGAAUUGGAUACUCGAUUAUGGUGGUUUGCUUGGUCCAUUGAUUUCUAUUUGUAUUCAAGCGGUGUUCCAAGAAAUACUCCUCGUACCAAUAGAAAGGGUGAAGUGGAUAUGCCAAGAAUCUUUGAAGAAGAUAUUGAUCAAAUUGAACAUGGUGUACUCGCUGAUAUUCAUUGUUUGAAAUGGUGGCGAUUCCAAUCUGAUGUGAUUUCUCAAGUGUAUGAGCAAGAAGAUAGUAUGACUGCUGAUCGAUUACGACAAUAUGAUGAUCAACUAUUACAAAUGUAUCAAUCUCUUCCUGAUUACCUCCAAUUGGAUAGUGGUUUUGUCUAUGGUUCUGAAGAUCUCUAUUUGUUAUGUCUCCGGGUCAAUGUGGAAUUCAAUGCGACACGAAUCAUUUUACAUAUACCUUUUUUACCUGAUGCCAAUGACCUUCAUCCUACACCCAUGGCUUUACAAUCUCUUAAUGUGUGUCUCAAGACAGCUCUUAUUCAACUCACAACUAUUGGUGCAUGUAAUGAUGCUGGCAAACGAUGUGGAUUUGACCGUGAUGAACUAUGGCGUGCUGGUGAAAUGAUUUCUAUCUCUAUGGAUGUGUACCGUAAUUGCUCAUCUCCUGCAGAUCGUGACGUAUUACUGAAAGAUAUUGGUAUGAAUGAAUUCUCAUUUGGAUUACACAAGGCUAGGGCCAUUAUGCAAGCUUCCUCAGAAUUCAACAUGGGUCGAAAGGAUUGGGUACAAGUCAAUGAUUGGUUGAGUGAAGAAAUUAAGCGACACGAGAAAUUGGAUGCAGCUUUAUUUGCCACCACCACCCCAUCAUCAUCAUCAUCAACAUCCAAAUUGAAAAUAGAUACGUCUUUUACAUCAACUUCAUUGAAAAGUAUCAAAAAAGAAACCAUAUCACCAACGAUGGAAAAUUCAUUACUUUCAGCAGUAUCAUUCCCAACAACAGCAUCACCGACAUCAACAUUGUCAUCAUCAUCAUCAUCAUCAUCACGUAAUAACAACAAGAAAACACAAUCACCAAAGUUUAAUCGCUCCCAUUCCAUUUCAACAACAACAACAACAUCUGAUAGUACGACUGAAUUUAUCUCAUUUUGUCCAGAUGAAAAUAAACCAAGGCGAUCAUCUGCCUCAUCUACAAAUAAAAAACAACAACAGCAACGUCCUCAACAGCAAGCAGCAAGAUUCCGGUACUUCAAUCCACGCAUGAUGAACAAGUUUUUAUUUAUUGAUGAUCAUCCUCUAUUAUAAUUUAGUUUAUUUGUAGCUUAGUUGUAGUUUUAUCUAUGUUAUAUAUAUUUAUUAUGUUUAUUAGUUUUCUUUAUCUUUCCUUCUAUGAUCUACGUUAUUUUCUUUAUACCACCAAUUUAAUAAAAAAUUCUAGGAAUACAAAGGGUAGAAAGGGCAGUAAUUCAACUACCGCUAGUAUAGUUUUGGUC